CGUCCAUUUUUCUACAGCUUUAAAAUGGGUCUUUAUUCAUCUCUUAGGGAAGCCCUGAAACUAUCAACUCUGGCAUUAUUUCCUUCAUUGCUAGUGAUGCUCUUGCUUCCAGACCAGUUUAAGACCAGGAAAUCAAUUGGAACAUCUAUCCGUCACCUGGUUAUUUUGUAUGCUGGAGUUUCUGUUGUUUCUUUCACUUGGGAGCUAAGUACUCACUUACUUCAGGUUGUGCAUACAAGAAGAUGCCAUUUUGCACCAUCCCGAGGAUCAGCUGCUGCAGAAACAAAUCCAAGUGAAGGGUUGCUUGAAGCUUUGGAACAAAGCAGCCCUAGAACUCUUUUAAAAUAUCUUGCAUAUCUUGAUUUAUGCAUGAUAUCUGAAAAUAAUGUUGAACCAUGGCGGCGAGCUGCUUUCUUUGAAGAGACAGGCGAAAUGUAUAGAAGGGUUAUAUCUUUGUGUUUGCGCCCUUUAGAGCAUCUUACAUCAAAGCUUGUUGAAGGCUUGGAAGGUCUUACCAUUGAUAAAUUAGAUUUGUUCUCUCAACAAAUGAAUCCAUCUACUGGAACUAAUAUUGAUUCAAACCUUCAUGUUGCUUUCAAUGACUUUCAGCUAUGCUCUUGGAGCGCUCGAACUGUAGCCGCAUUAACUGCACGCUCGCUCUCCGAGGAUAGAUAUGGCGUUGCUCAGCUGACUGGCUCCAAUGUUGCCGUGCUAUCAACACUUCUCUCAACUCUGCUAGCCGUUGAAGCUUGCUUGGGGAAGAAGACGAGCUCACAACCAUCUCACUUCAUGGGGCCUACAAACAUCAGAUGGGUUACAGCAAACACAGGCAGACAUGAUGGAGCUAAUGCAGCCACAAUCAGGAAGAGAGGCCAUCUCCUUCAUGCAAAAGCUUAUUCCAUGGCCGACAUUCUUAGAACAUCAGUCUAUCAGAUUGUAUAUGCCUUCCAGGCUGACAUGCAAGCUGCUGCUAAGAGCUCAGCUUUGGAGAAGAAUUGGGUUACUCCAGGAAAGCCCUUGUAUGGUACAAGGGAGACCCUAAUACAGAAGCUGUAUCAGUUUCUGGAAUAUCGUGCUUGCUGACUCAUUGUUUCAUCCUUUUUUUUUUCUUCUUCUUUUAAUUGGUUUAGGGAUGGAAAAUUUUAGGUGGGAUUUAUGCAGAACUUUUGUUAUGGUGUAUUCCACUCGAUACAAGUUGGUGUAAAUUUUGGCUUGACAAUGUGUGUGCAGCAUUGCAGUAUGUUUCAUAUUCGUACUUGAUGAAGUGUCAUCCACAAAUAUUAUGGUAAAGAUGAAUUUAUGUUAUGUUACGGUUAUUGUCAA